AUUUCUCUGUUAAUUCUGCUGUUUGUUAUCUGUAUGUGCGUAUAUACAAUUUUAUGUGACUGUAUUUAUAUGUAAGAUUAUAACAUGGGAGUAAACUGGAUGUUUAGUAUGAUGCAGAAAAUAUACUUGAUAUUACACCAAAUGUGCCUUUGAUCCAUAAUGCUGAUUUUGUGUAGAUGAAAAUAAAUGGGGCAUUUGCCCCAUGAACAUUUUUCAUGUGGUCUCUUUUUAAAAUAUUUUACUCCUUAGUCCAGUGAUUUACACACCAACUUUAUCCAAUGAAUAUUUCAUUGAUAACCCAUUUAAAGUUGGCACUUUGCAAAAGUGUGAAGUGUGAAAAUUUUGGUACGUGACACCUUGCAUUAAACCAAAUUUCAGCAUAGUCGUCUUAUAUUCAGAUUGUAAGUUAGCCAAAAUAUCAGAGUCUUGGGAACUCAAGUGUGCCAUACUCAAUAGAGUGCUGCUUGUGUGAUAAGACACUGAAUUCAGUAUGUUGUUGUUUAAGAGCCCAAGGAUGUCUGGUGUUGGGUACACAGAGUCCCUGAAGCACCUAGCACCAACUGAAAGCAUAACUAAAGGACUGAAGGGAAAAGCUAAAAGAGCAAUUUUUCAUUCUUUGAGCUACAGUCCAGAUCUGAAGACCAUGUGUGGGCAGUUUGCCAUUUGUCUCUGUUGGAUUUUCCUAUCUUUUCUCCUGGAUGCAUCUCUGGCCUUUAUUUACAACAUUUCAACUCAAAAUCAGCAUCCAAAUGUGACUGUUGCUCAAGACCAGGAUGGCACAGGCUGGGAUUCACCAUUUCUUCAGCUGGGAGCCAGUCUCCCAUCCUUCUCACAGCCAAUCCGUCCAUACACCCUCAUCACAAAUGCUGACGACUACCACUACAUGCCCAAAGUCAGACAUCGCCAGCCUUCUCGCCUCCUGCGUCUUCUGGGAUCCUCGUUUGACCCGUUUUGGAUGUCCGUAGAUCACCCUUCUGAGUCCCCCAAAGGAAGUCAGCCCACCCUUACCACCUUCAAAGAGAAAUUUAACCUGCGUGUGUCUCCAAAACUGAGAAAGGCUUCAGCAAAAUAUCAGCAGAAACUAGAGAAGGAGGCUGCAGAACUGGACCUCAGUUCUCUGCCAUCAGAUGCUGCCAAUUCAGUCAGAGGAUGGCUGGUGCGCUCAGCAACAUGCAAAUUACAGCACCAGUGGGUCGAUCUGGGCCCAACCUUCUGGCCACGGUGGCUACGGCAGACUGACUGUGAAGGGCCAGAUGGAGGGCAAAGUUGCUCCUUUCCCAGUGGGAUGAACUGCGUGCGAGCUCAAACAACACACAUAAAGAUUCUGGCUUGGCACUGCAUUGAAGUCAGAGAUGGAGAUGAUCGCUCCAGAAAAUUGAGAGGUGAAAACUCUGAUGGCAGUGCUCAGAUGGGGACAGGUGAAGCAAGGAAAAGAUGUUUAUGGAGACAAGUGCCUUAUCCUGUGGUGACUGCAUGCAUGUGUUCAUGUAAAUGAAUGUUUUUAUCACUGCAGACCGGCUUUUUUCUGUGCACACUGUGUUUUUUAUUAUUUUGUUGAUUUUCAGUGUUAUAGUUGAAAUGAUCGAACAUGGCUACUUUUAAUUACUAAGACGAUGCCGCUACCUGCGCUUUCAUUUUCUCUGCUCUAAACUUUCAACAUUUUUAGUACAAACUGGCUUAAUAAAUAUUUAAGUAAAUGUUUUACGUCAGUAAACUGCAAUUUCUAAGGCGCUGAGUUUAGUGUAGUUCGUGCUACAUUCAUGUUUAUGGGAAAUUCGUGGAUUGUGCAUGUUUUUUCCAAUUUUUCUUUUUCACUCUAUUUUUGCACUUUCAUAUUCAAACAGUAUCAAACAUUUUUUGUUUACAGAGAACAUUAAAAAUGAAAGUGUUUUUGGUAACUCACUGUUGUUUUUGAUUGAUUGAUCAUACUUGACAGUAUUAAUUGAAGAUAUAUACUAAUCAUUCUAAAUAAUAAAAAUCUACAUAAACCUGUUUCUAGAUGACUUCCUUGCAAACUAUUCUAACGUACACAUACGCAUGAAUAUAAUAUGAAUAAAAUAUAAUAGUCAGUACCUAUGUGAUUCCUUGUCUUCUUCUGUCAAAAAAUAAUAGUGUCUUCAAUAUUAAAACUACCAAAUGUCUUACAACCCUGCGGCAGUGUGAAACCUUGCGU